UGCAGAGAUGAGUGACCAGAGAGUAACCUAUGCAGAACUAAAUCUGGUUAAGGACCCAAAGAAACAUCACAAGAAACCUAAGAGAACUCAAGGCUCCAUUCCAGGAACUGAGCAGGAACUAACCUAUGCAGAAUUAAAUCUUCAAAAUGCUUCUCAGGAUCUUCGAGGGAGUGACAAGAAUGACCACUGCAAAGCAUCCCUGCCACCUCCAGAGAAGCUCAUUGCUGGGAUCCUAGGGGUCAUCUGCCUUGUCCUGAUGUGCACUGUGAUACCAAUAGCUGUUAUUCACUCUCUUGCAACACUGAAGAAGAACUAUUCCUCCCCAAUAACAAAGAUCCAGAAAGCAUAUUCUUGUGGUCAUUGUCCACCAGAGUGGUUUACAUAUUCCAACAACUGCUAUUACAUCAGCACUGAAAAUAAAACAUGGACUGAGAGUUCGAAGGCCUGUGCUUCUAAGAACUCUAGCCUGGCCUACAUAGAUAAUGAAGAAGAAAGGAAAUUUCUGAAGUUCAUAUCGCAUGCAUCAUGGAUUGGAGUUUUUCGUAGAAGCAGUGAUCAUCCAUGGAUAUCGAUAAAUGGUUCAACUCUCACACUAGAGAUCACAGAAUCACUAUCUGCUAAUGGAAACUGUGUGAUGCUACAUGGAUAUGGCCUCGCAUCAAGCAGUUGUGAAUCUUCAAAAAUAUAUAUUUGCAAGCAUGGGUUGUAUGGUUAAAACUUGGAUUCUACCAGUAACUAUUUUUCAUGAAAUGGAAAUAAUGUUAUGACUGCAUAUGUCUUCAAGUGAAUUAUUUGUUCUAGUAAAGAUAAAAAUUCCAUAAGCAUUACUGGAAAAUAAUACACACAUCCAAAAGUACAGAUAUACUUCCUCUUAGUGCCUGUCAAUUUUUGGUUAACAUUAUGUUUGUGACAUUCAACUUUUCUAAAAGAUCGCAUGUCAUGUGAGUCCAUUUAAAUGAACUGUCAAGAAUUUUGAUAUUUUAAAUUGACUCACACCACAGAGACCUGAGGAUAUGUGAGAAUAGGAACUAUUAAUUGGUUUACUGCUUCUUUAGGGGGCUGAAAACUUUCCAAAUUCUGAGAGUGGUGAUAGCUGCAAGGCUCUGCGAAUAUACUUAAAAUCACUGAUAUGCACACUCUAAAUGCAUGAACUCUGUGCUUUGUAAUUACACCUCAGUAAGGCUUAAAAAAACACUUGGGGUUAUGUUGGGGGCUGCAUUUUAAUUUUAAAUAAUUUAUAAAGAUUAGGCAAUUUAAAAUAUCAUGGCUUACAAUCAAAUCAUGCUUUAUUCUUCCAUGUACUUGGUUUUCUUUCAUUUCUGUACUAUAUUUUUUAAUUUUCCUGUAUUGAAGUCUUAAAGAAAUAUGAAUAUUAGUAUUUCAUAAUCAUGGUUUUGUAAAUGGCAUACUUCUUUAAAAGUUUCCUUUAGUAAUUUUUCUAUUUUAAAAAGAUAUACAAUUGAGGUUGGUUUACAUGUUAAUUUUGUUAUAUUAGUUUUAUCAUUUCAAACAUUUAUUCCUUUGAACAGUUUAUAUAAAUAUUUAUUUAAUUUCUUUUUCCUUGGUACAAUUUUUUCAUUUUCUUGACUUAUUACCACAGAGUAGGGUUUUAUUUUCAAUGUUGGAUAGUAUGGAGAGUAAGAGUUCUACAUGUAUCCAUCUCUAUUUUAGGGAAAAAACAUUUAAAUAUUUCAUCAUAAAGUAUGAGUUCUGUUUUAAAUUUUUCAUUAUACUUUUCAUAUAUUAAGCAAUUCCAUAAUAUUGCUAUUUUCUAAUAGAUUCUACAUUUGAUUGAUGUUCCAUUUUUAUUAUUGUUGUAUCAUUUGUAAUGAUGCUUUUUCUGCAUAGUUUAUGAAGUAAAUUACCUUUAUUUCAUUCAAAUAUUAAACCAAUCUUGCAUUUCCA